AGGGAUGGCCCCCGCGUCGAACUCGUCUCGCCUCUUUCUCCUUCCGCACACUCCGAGUUUCCGCUUCCCUCCUGGGCGCGGGUGAGAGGCAGGGAGGCUAAGCCCGGGCCGCAGCUGCUGCCAUGUGGCCCCCAGACCCGGACCCCGAGGCCGAGCCCGAGCCCCCCAGCCGCCCCCAGCCCGGCGCGGGUGUUCCCGGGCUGCGCGCCCUGCUGCCCGCGCGCGCUUUCCUCUGCUCGCUCAAAGGCCGCCUCCUGCUGGCCGAGUCGGGUCUCUCAUUCAUCACCUUUGUCUGCUAUGUGGCGUCCUCAGCAUCUGCCUUCCUCACAGCACCCCUGCUGGAGUUUCUGCUGGCCCUCUGCUUCCUCUUUGCUGACGCCAUGCAACUGAACGACAAGUGGCAGGGCUUGUGCUGGCCCAUGAUGGACUUCCUGCGCUGUGUCACAGCAGCCCUUAUCUACUUUGCCAUCUCGAUCACAGCUGUUGCCAAAUACAAAGACGGGGCUUCCAAAGCAGCUGGGGUAUUCGGGUUCUUUGCCACCAUCGUGUUUGCAAUAGACUUUUACCUGAUCUUUAACGACGUGGCCAAAUUCCUCAAACAGGGGGAUGCUACAGAGGAGACCACAGCUGACAAGGCAGAAGAAGAGGACUCUGACUCCGAUUCUGACUGAACGCAUGCCUUUGCCCUAGCAACCCGAGCCACACAGGUCUUCACUCCUGAACCUUCUGACUGGCUGGCCAGUGUGGCCAGAGGACCGUGGGUUGGAGGGAGGCUAUGACUUCUUGAGCAGCAGCAGGAGUCGUUGACGGAGCAGGCCUCCUCACAGUCCUAAGGUGACAUUCCUGAGCCCAGCACCCAAGACUGCACCCUUUGGGCUAGCACUAUCUAACCACUCCACAUGUGAGGCAUUUUGAAUGUUGUGCCCCUUGCCUCCAUGUCUGCCCCACAGACCUUAAGCCUUAAGCCUUUCUACCAAAAAACAAGCACUAGGGGAAAAAGCAGAUGGUCUCUCCCCCCAGGCCCCCCCCCCCACAGGUAAGCAUGUAAACUCAGUGGGCAGGGAGGUGAGAGGGGGAGUGGGGGAAGACAAAUAAGACUGGGUCACCUGGACAAGUCCCGGUGGGUUUUGUCUACAUUGCUGCCCUUGCUUAUGCCUGGCACUUGGUGAGGAAGAUUCUUCUGUUCAAGGAUCACCAAUUUCCUCUUCAUUCUCUAGGAAGGGAGACAAUUGGCCUUUGCCUUGUGACCUAGGAGAUAGUGCCCAUAACUGACACCUACACUCUUAGUAACUAUGUCUUCUUUGUGUGAUAUAACCGUUCUAAGUUUGAGAACAUGUCAGAGAAGCUUUGCUUGCUAAGGCCAGAAGAUAGAGAUACAAGAAAUAGCAUCCUGAGUAGCUGGGCAGGCCCAGCCAAAUCUUCCCUCUUCCCAGGCCCCUUCAGCAGACAAUAGGUUCUCAGGCCACUACCAGAGCAGGUCUCCUGAGCACCUCUGAGAGGUGAGGUGUGCCUCCUGUCUUCACCUAAGCGCCUGUAUUGUAUAUGUGUGUUUGGUGGAAUUUUGCAACUUUAUGUCACUCUUUUUUUUUUUGUAUACAAAAGCUAUUUUUAAAAAUAGCAUUUCCUAUAACCUAAGAGGCUUAGUGAAUGAGCCAGAGUUCCAGACCCAUGUUACAGGUAUUUUAACCUUAAUUCUCUUUGCAUGUGAAUCCCCAUCCUGAAAAACACCAUGGUGAAUAAAGCCAGACUAUCUGCUUGUGUA